GCUUGGCUGUCCUGAGUUCCUGCAUCAGUGUUAGAGGGCUCUGGGAGAGCUCCCCAGCACCAGCAGCUUCCUUGGAUUUUUUAGCAGCCUCUGGACACAUCAGCCUGGCAUCCUACAGGCUGUGCCUGCAUGGUGGGUACACAAACCCUUUGGACAACCAAUUACCCACACACAGCAGGUGACAAACCAUGUUUCUCCAGACUCUGGUCCAAGCAGGGAGCCAAGGGAUGGUGGGAAAAUCCCGUGCCCCAGCUCCUCAAUAAAGAGGUGAAAACCCCACAAGCAUCCAGAAGGCGAGCUUUUCUGCCGAAAACCAGUGCCGUGCGCCUGCCACCAGCACCUCCCGAGCCGUGCCCCGCGGCCAGCCUCACGUGACAGUGGAGUGGAUGCACACAGGAGGAGUGGCUGUAGUGACAGCGUUACAGCUUGUGUCCAACACACAGCUGAGCCCAGCAAAUCCCAGCACUCUGCAGCUCUCCUUUACAAACUCCACACACUGCGCAGGUACACGGGCGUCAGUGAAAGCUCGGUGCCCACAGCCCCAGGAAAAUGACACCUAGAGGGAGACUGCCCAGUGAGUAUGGGGCUCCCAAACUCUGAUGUCCACUAGCACAAGGACUGGCCCACACCAAGCUCCAGGGACCAAGGAGAGCUGUUCUUACACCAGCCCAAAUUGCCCAGGGCCAGCCCCUCUGCUAUUUCAGCACACAUGUUCCCGGCAGGAAGCAGGGACACCCGGCAGGAUAAGCAGGACUUCACCCUAACUCUGCUCUGAGUGACUUUACAUCAUUCCCCACUCUACCCUGGGUGGCAGGACUCGAGCAGUUCUGCAGACAACCUGGGAGAAAAGUGCUGCGAGCUGAAGCCCAGCCCUUACCUGCCAGCUGUUAUUUCAUCCCCCUAACAGGUCCAUAAACCAAGGAUAAUUAAAUCUCUCCUAAACUCUCUUCCAUUUAAAAUAAAAAUCUAUAGUCCCUAUUUCAUUAGCUGGCUCUGGGUUUUACAGCUUGAUCAAUUCCCCUCACAGGGCCCUGGUCCCGGACAAAUGCAAACACGCAGCUUCCACGGUGUGGAUCAAUGGGAUUCGCAAAGUCUCCCACCCCAUUCCUUGUUCCUCACUCACCAAUGGGAGCCACACAGCGCAGCAGGCAGGGACAGUGACUUUCACUGCUCAGGGGAACACCACUGCCACGCACUUCAGAGGUCAGAGCUAACGCCUGGCAAGAACAGAGGCAGCAGCGAUGCUCCCUCUCCAGUGAAGAACACAGCCAUGGCCCUAAAGGCAAAGCAGCCCAGCAUGCCAGCAGGGUGACAUCUCCCUGUUUGCUCAAGGGACAAGACUCAGCUCCCACAGCUGACAGCUGGAGUCAGAGCCCACCACAAGCACCAGCUGGGAUCCAAGAGCAGUCACCACUUCUCUGACCUCCCUGCACACAAAGCGGAAGAGGCUCGUCACUGAGACCCAGGCACACAGCUCAGUGUUUCCUGCCCUUCCCAGCCUCUGCUGCUGCCCUGCCACACAACACCUUCCCCCUGCCAGCCUACCAGGCUCCAGAUGGCUCUUGCCACCCCUGCAAGCCUCUCCCUCCGCUGCAGCAGGAGCUUCCAGAGCCUGGCAGCAGAUGGAGGGACCACAGCAGCAGCCAGAGCUGCUGAGAGCAUCCAGGCAGAGCCCACAGAGUGGACAUCAGAGUGCUGGGCAGCCCCUGGCCUGGGCCAGCACCCAGGUGCCUCCCAGCACCUAUCACAUCAUUUCCCUCUGUUCCAGGUGCACAUCCCUUCCUCCCAUCUUUGCUCAGCCAGAAAGCAGCAAGUUGCCACAGUCCAAAUCCUGUCAGUGCCAGGACACACCACGAUGGCAGCUGCAGAGGGAAGGUCCGGCAGCCUCAGCUCCAGUGAGCUCCGUCCCGGCCACACAAUGCCAGUGACAGACAGACCACACCACCAGGGCCCAAAUCCUGAUCUGUACUCCAACCAGCUGGUAUGUGCAAGGGGAAUAUCAGGACAGAUUUCUGGGACACAAAAAAGCCACCACUUGGAGACUGUCCAGCUCCAAGCAAGCCUAGGGGAACAAAGCUUUGCCACCCCACUGAGACUCCCUGCCUGGCUGCGUGCAGGGAGGUGGCACUGGAGCCUCCCAAACACACACAGGUGCCUCCUGCCUCACCUCCCAUGCCAACACCUGCCCUGUCUCCACUGGCACCGUGUCCCAAUGCAGGGGGGAUGGAGGGGCCACAGUUCACCUGCUAAACCUAACCCACUGCUCAAGGGGUGUGACACCACCUGGCCAGCCCGAGAGCAGACACCCAAAGGUGACAAACAAAGGCGCCCAGCAGGCACUCCGCAUUAGCAGUAUUUUUAGACACCACUAUGGAGCCGGCCUUAUUAUUUUCAUUGCAACGUGCAUAAUUACCCACCAUGCACCGCAGUGACAUCAGACGCAGCCGGCUCUCCUCCGACAGCUGCUCCUCCUCCCGGGGCUCCUGCCUGGCCCCGGGGACCCACCUGCCCUGCCAGGCUCUGCCUUGCGCAUCUCCCCGGGGCACAACACCCACCUCGAGGGGGGCCUCGAGGUCCUGGGGCAUCAGAGGGGCACAGGUGCAGGUGACAGAGGGACAGAGCAAGGCACUGGAGCAAGACAGCAAGAAGGCAAGCGCAGGGAUGAUCUUUGGAGGUGCAGGCACACACAGCCAGUUGUGGUGGAGCACGGGGCCUGUGCAGAGCUGGUGGACAAGGAGGCAAAGGUCUGGCAGUGUCAAGAUGCAAGUGCAGAGGCAGCAUCCCCAGGGACACAGCCACAGGCGUCCUGGCAGGAUGGCAUGGCGCUCUUUGGUGCUGCUGCCCUUUCUCCUGGCAACAGUUUCAGGCAACACAGUUCCCUUCAUCAACACCACCAUCGUCCACGUGCCUGAGGACCUGCAGCUGGGCCAGUUUGCUUUCCAGCUGGUAGCUUAUGACAUAGACAAGGACCCUCUCACCUACCAAAUCGGAGGGACAGACGCCCUCUACUUCUCUGUCAACUCCAGCUCAGGCGAAGUGACACUGAAGAACUCCCUGGACCGUGAGGUCCAGGCCAGGCUCACCAUCACCGCCAUAGUGUCUGAUGGUGUAAAUGAUCCGGUCUCCCGGAAAAUUACCGUCAUCGUGGAUGACCGUAAUGACAACGCCCCGAUCUUCCAAAACCUGCCGUAUGUUGCCAACGUUUCUGAGAACACGAGUCCACACACCAUCGUCUACGCCGUGUAUGCCAUCGACAUCGACACUGGGAACGCCUCCAGAGUCAGCUACAGCAUCGAGGAGGUGAUCCCAGACAACACGACGAAUUUCCAGCUCUUCUACAUCCUGCCCAAUGGGAGUGUGGUGCUCAGUGGUUCCCUGGACUAUGCCAAGAACACUUUCUACCAGAUCAAGAUCCUCGCCAAGGAUGGCGGGGGAUUGCUGAACGAUGUUUGGGUCGUCCAGAACAGCUCUACUUACCUGUCUGUGAUCGUUACGGAUGUGCCCAACCUGGACCCACGGUUCCUCAAUGAGCCCUACUCAGGCUCUGUGCCUGAGAACUGCGACCUGGGCACCAGUGUGCUGACUGUCCAGGCCAUAGACCAAGACACAGGGGUGAAUGAUAAAAUCAUCUACAUCAUCACCAAUGCCAGUGUUCCUUUUGUUAUCAAUGACACAACGGGCAUCAUCACUGUGAGUGAGCCCCUGGACCGUGAGCAGCUGCCAAGCGAGCAAGUGCUGCUGCAAGUCACAGCACGUGAGGAGCAUGACGAUAUCUAUGGCAAUGUGGCCCAGACAAGCACCAUGGUGACAAUCACGGUGACUGAUGUCAAUGACAACAAGCCCCAGUUCUACAACUGCUCCGUGUCCAGCUGCAACUUCUCUGCCAGUCCUCAGAACAACUUCACGGGCAGCAUCAUAGAGCACUCCUCCACCAGACUGCCUGUGUCCAACCUCAACAUCGCUGCCCAUGACCCAGAUAAGGGCAUCAACGGCACUUUUGAGCUGAGCCUGCAGGGUCCGAAUGCCAACGCCUUCUCUGUGUUCCCCACAGAAAUUGUGGGCACAGGGGAAGUCCAGAUCCUGGUGCAAAACUCAUCCUUAGUGGACUAUGAGAUAAGCCAUGUCAUGAUGGUGCAGAUCAUUGCUAAUGACACGGGGAACCCUACAGACUGCUGCUCCACAGCCACCGUGACCAUCAACCUCAUCGACAGCAAUGACCACAUCCCUGAGUUCCCCCAGAGCACCUACAACCUGAGUGUGAUGGAGAACAGCCCCAGUGGCACCGUCAUCUCCCCAAACAUCACGGCCUAUGAUCCAGACAGCGGUGUCCUGGGCCAGAUCACCUACCAGCUGCUCCCGGAGACCAUCCUUACAACCUUCAUGGUGAACGCCACAACCGGGGCACUGCUGGUGUACAACGGGAGCUUGCUGGACCGGGAGACUCGCUCCAUCUACUACGCCAACCUCCAGGCCAAGGAUGGGGGCAACCAGGUGGGCACAACAGUGCUGGAAAUCACCGUGCUGGAUGCCAACGACAAUGCACCCAUCAUCAUUGGCUCCUACUUCAUCUCAGUGGACGAGGGGCAGAAUGUUAGUACACAGAUCCAGGCCAUCGACAAUGAUGAGUCUGGCAGCCCCAACAGCAAAUUGGGCUUCAGGAUCCUGCAAGGACCAUACAGCAACAACUUUACCAUCAAUGCAGACACAGGUGAGAUGCACAGCAUCGAGCCGCUGGACUGCGAGGCAUUGGAAGAUGAGAGUGCACAGAUGGUGGUGACAGUGAUGGUGUAUGACCACGGCGAGCCACCACUGAACAACACAGUGAACGUCACCAUCACUGUGGGGGACCUGAAUGACAACAUUCCCGUGUUCCUCAACCAGUCCUAUGAGUUCUCAGUCUUUGAAAGCUCUCCAGGGUCCUUCGUGGGUGAGGUGAACGCCACAGAUGCUGACCGGACAGAGAUCAAUUCCCGUAUUUCAUUCCAAUUUGAAAGAGGCAGUGGCUCCAGCAACUUCUUAAUCCGCUCAUCCCGCCUGGGGCCAGGGAACUACAGUGGGCAGCUGUCUGUAGACCCUGAUGUGUACCUCGACUAUGACACACUGCAGCCAAAGUUCUUCACUCUGACAGUGCUGGCAGAGAACACAGCUGCAGACAACCCAGGGGACAAGGCCAAUGUCUCAGUGAUAGUCCACAUCCUAGACGUCAAUGACGAGCCCCCCACCAUCCUGCCAGACUCACUGCAGGACGUGUCGGUGGCUGAGAACGGGACACAGCAGGGUCUGAUCCACACUCUGAACGGCUUUGACCCUGACACCAACCACUCGCUGGUCUUCGAGGAGCUGGCGGUCGCCUGCUUCAAGGGGGACAGCAGUGCUGGGGACGUGUGCUGGGACUGGUUUGUGCUGACACCCAACGGCUCAGUGCUGGUGAACAGCUCGGACAUCGACUACGAGGUGUGUGACAGCGUCCUGCUCACACUGCGGGUGGAGGACCUGUUCACUGAGAUGGGCAGCCGCUACAGCCAGAACGAAACCCUGAGGAUCAUCAUCAUUGAUGUGAAUGACAACGUACCAGUCUUCGAGGCCAUCUCAGAGACUUUUGUGAUUGUCCCUGAAGUCACUCUUGUGGACGUGCAAGUGGCUACUGUGAAGGCCACAGAUGCUGACUCGGGGCUGGGGGGAACCAUCACCUUCUCCAUUGUCAGAGUGGUGCUUGUGGAGGACAGUGGGGCCAGUCAGCCCUUUGAGAACCUCUUCAGGGUGUCCACAACGCUCGACAAUGGCACCUACAUUGGGAGCAUCCGGGUGGCCAGCAACCUUGAUGAAUCACUGAAGGGGCAAUACCAGCUGACAGUGGAGGCUAAGGAUGGCGAGGAACCGGUGCACAGAGCACAGACUGUGCUGACUAUCUUCACCGUGGAUCAGAGCUACCGCAUUCGGCUCCAGUUCGUGUCAACAGUGGAAGAACUCCAGAAGAACUCCGAAAUUAUUCGAUUGACCCUGGCCUCUGUGACCAAGACAGCAGUCCACAUGGUGGGUAUCGGACGCGUAGAGGACACCCGUGACACCCGCGCGAAUGCCAAGUCAGUGAUGGACGCCUACUUCGUGUACAGCAAUGGCACUGCCCUGGAUGCCAGUGAACUGAAUGCAGCCAUCCUGUCCGAUCCGGUGGGCUUGGCUGAGCUGGUGAAUCUGGGCCUGUUUGUCAUUGGCCCUGGGGAGGUGAUACAGCCUACCAAGGAGACAGAGCUGAUUGGCAUUAUCGCAGGAUUGGCAGCAUUCCUACUCCUCUUCAUUCUCAUCAUGACCCUGGUUUUGGUACUCACCACCAGGAGCUACAAGAGGAAGCUGAAUGCCAUGAAGGCUCUGAAGGUGGCCACAACAUUCAACCCUGCCACAGCCCAGCAGGGAGCUGGCAUCCCUGGGACCAACCAGUACAAUGCUGAGGGGGCCAACCCCAUGCUGAACCAGCCUCUCGAUCCCUCCCACGACCUGGGCUUCCACGAGGACUCCAUCUCUGUGACCAGCAUGAAUUCUCUGGAUGAAAAUACAGUAAAUGCACCAGCAGAUGACAAGUUUGAGGUUGAGCAGGUCAAAAUGAAGCCAACAGAUCCCACUGACAAGGAGGCGCUGGUGGCUGCCCUGGACCUGAAGGAGCCCACCAAAACAGCGUACCUCAACACCACCUUCACCACCACGGACUUGUGAGCGGGCUCACAGGGUGCAGCAGGGCUGGAGCGGGACUCGGGCAGCUGCUUCGGU